GAUUGAAACUGAAAGUAUUCAGUGAAUUCAGACCGAAUUUUAGAGCCACAGAGCAGGAGGAAGACCACGACUACUGUGCAUCUGGUUAAUACCGAAGAUGAGUGAUUUGAAAGAAGAGGGGGACAAAGCAGAACCUCCAGAGUCCAAAGGUGGAAAUCCAGACUUCAGUACUGAAGCUGGACCCUCAGAUAUAAAAGGUCAGCAGCACAGACACAGAGCAGAGUAUCCAGGAUCCAGCUGUCUGUCUGUGAAGAGUGACUGCUCCAAAGCUAGUCCUCCAAACUUUAGUACUGAGCCUGGACCCUCAGACACAAAAGACAAGAAAAUGAGUCAUGCUUCUGUGGAGGAACAGCUGUCCUGCUGUGCUUUGUGUCAGGACGUCCUGAAGGAUCCAGUCUCUACCAGCUGUGGACACUGGUUUUGCAGACAGUGCUUCACCUCAUACUGGGAAGAGUCUGCUACAUCAGGAGACUCCUCCUGUCCCCACUGUGGAAAAAAAUCCAGAACCAGAGCUGGACAGCAGAUAGCCAGUCAAAGCAGCUGUGAACAAACAGAUGUUGGUCUGCAGGAGGUUUUAGAUGAACAUAAGAUCAGUCUGAGGAGAAGAUGUGAACAUGUGACUGAAGGCACUGAUGAAACAGAAAGUAGAACCCUCCUCAACAGGAUCUACACUGAGCUCUACAUCACAGAGGGACAGAUUGAAGUGGUUCAUACCCAACAUGAGGUGAGGCAGCUGGAGACAGCUUCCAAGAUCCUUCAUGACACUCCAAUCAGGUGCCAGGACAUCUUUAAAGCAUUGCCUGACCAACAGAGACCAAUAAGAGUGGUUCUGACGAACGGCGUCGCUGGUGUUGGAAAGACUUUCUCAGUACAGAAGUUCACUCUGGACUGGGCAGAAGGUUUGGAGAACCAAGACAUCGGUGUAGUGAUUCUGCUUUCAUUCAGGGAGCUGAACCUGAUCAGAGAUGAGCAGUACAGUCUUCUAGAGCUGCUCCAUGUUUUCCAUCCAACAUUACAGAAGGUCACAGCAGAGCAGCUCGCUGUCUGUAAACUUUUGUUCAUCUUUGAUGGCCUGGAUGAAAGCAGACUUUCACUGGAUUUCACCAACAGGAAGCUCGUGUCUGAUGUCACACAGAAGUCAUCAGUCAGUGAGCUGCUGACAAACCUCAUCGAGGGGAAUCUGCUUCCCUUGGCUCUCAUCUGGAUAACUUCCCGACCUGGAGCAGCCAGUCAGAUCCCUCCUGCAUAUAUUAACAGGAUGACAGAAGUACGAGGCUUCACUGACGCCCAGAAGGAGGAGUACUUCAUGAGCAGAUUCAGUGAUGAAGAGCUGUCCAGCAGAAUCAUCUCCCACAUGAAGACAUCCAGGAGCCUCUACAUCAUGUGUAGAAUCCCAGUCUUCUGCUGGAUCACUGCUACAGUUCUGGAGCACAUGUUGACCACAGAGCAGAGAGGAGAGCUGCCCAAGACCCUGACUGACAUGUAUUCACAUUUCCUGCUGGUUCAGACAAAGAGGAAGAAGAACAAGUACCUCGAGGGAUGUGAGACGAGUCCACAGGAGCUGAUGGAGGCUGACGGGGAAGUUCUCCUGAAGCUGGGGAGGCUGGCCUUUGAACAUCUUGAGAAAGGAAACAUCCUAUUUUACCAAGAAGACCUGGAGCAGUGUGGUCUGGAUGUCACAGAGGCCUCAGUGUACUCAGGAGUUUGUACAGAGAUCUUCAAAAGAGAGUGUGUGAUCCUCCAGAAACCAGUCUACUCCUUUGUUCAUCUGAGCAUUCAGGAGUUUCUUGCUGCUGUCUACAUGUUCCACUGUUACACAAAUAGGAAGACACAGGUGGUGGAGGAGUUCCUAAAAAAGGAUAUAACAUCUCUGGAUAUCUUUCUGAGCAAAGUCAUAGAGAAAUCCCUUCAAAGUAACAAUGGCCACCUGGACCUGUUUGUUCGCUUUCUUCAUGGCUUCUGUUUGGAGUCCAACCAGAGACUCUUGGAAAGUCUGCUAUGUCAGACAGAAAACAAUCCCAGAAUCAUCCAGAGAGUCAUCAACAACCUGAAGGAGAUGAACUGUAAUAAAAUGUCUCCUGACAGAAGCAUCAACAUCUUCCACUGUCUGAUGGAGAUAAAUGACAUCUCAGUGUAUCAAGAGAUCCAAGAGUUCCUUAAGUCAAAGAACAGAUCAGACAAGAAACUCUCUGAGAUCCACUGCUCAGCUCUGGCCUACAUGCUGCAGAUGUCAGAGGAGGUUUUGGAUGAGUUGGACAUGAUGAAGUACAACACAUCAUCAUAUGAGGGGCAGCGGAGAUUGAUUCCAGCUGUGAGGAACUGCAGAAAGGUUCGAUUGUCUUACUGUGAUCUCUCAGAAACUCACUAUAAAAUUGUGGCCUCGGCUCUAAAAUCCAGUCCCUGCCAUUUGACAGAGUUGGAUCUGAGUUUAAACAACCUCCAGGAAUCUGGAAUGGAACAGCUAUGUGCUGCUCUGGAGAGUCCAAACUGUCGACUGGGGACUCUGAGACUUAGGCUCUGCAAUCUGUCAGAGAUCUUCUGUACUGCUCUGGUUUCUGCUCUGAAAUCCAAUCCCUCCCACCUGCAACAUCUGGACCUGGGUUUCAACAACCUACAGGAUUCAGGAAUAAAACAGCUUUGUAUUUAUCUGGAGAGUCCACACUGUAGACUGGAGACUCUGAAUUUGGAAAGCUGCAGUUUGUCCGAGAUCAGCUGUGCUGCUCUGGUUUGUGCGCUGAAGUUCAAGCCCUCCCAUCUGAAACAUCUUGACCUAAGUAAAAACAACCUGCAGGAUUCAGGAGUGAAAGAGCUGCAUGGUUUUUUGGACAGUCCGUACUGCAAACUAGAAACCCUUAGAUUGGAGCACUGCAGUUUGUCAGAGAUCAGCUGUGUUGCUUUGGUCUUUCUUCUUAAGUCCAACUCCUCCCAUCUGAAACAUCUGGAGCUGGCUGGAAACAGGCUACAGGAUUCAGGAGUGAAACAGCUGUGUAUUUUUCAAGAGAGCACAAACUGUGAAUUGGAGACUCUGAGUCUGGAAAGCUGCAGUUUGUCAGAGAUCAGUUGUGAUGCACUGGUCUGUGCUCUGAAGUCUAACCCCUCCCAUAUGAGACAUCUCAACCUAAGUAGAAACAAGCUGAAGGAUUCUGGAGUGACCCUGCUGUGUGAUUUUCUAGCGAGUUCACACUGUAGACUGGAGACUCUGAGACUGGUGGACUGCAGUUUGUCAGAGAUCAGUUGUGCUGCUCUGGUGUCUGCUCUGAAGUCCAAUCCUUACCAUCUGAAGCUUCUGGACUUGAGUGAAAACAAUCUGCAGAAUUCAGGAAUUAAACAGAUGUGUGGUUUUUUGGAGAGUCCACACUGUAGACUGGAGACUCUUAAACUGAAGGUCUGCAGGUUGACAGAGAUCAGCUGUGCUGCUCUGGUCUGUGCUCUGAAAUCAAAUCCCUCCCAUCUGAAACAUCUGGACCUGAGUAGAAGCAAGCUGCAAGAUGUAGGAGUGAGACAGCUGUGUAAUUUUCUGGAGAGUCCACACUGUAGACUGGAGACUCUGAAUCUGGAUUACUGCAGUUUGUCAGAGAUCAGCUGUGCUGCUCUGGCGUCUGCUCUGACCUCCAACCCUUCCCAUCUGAAACAUCUGUACUUGCGGGGAAACAACCUGCAGGAUUCAGAUGUGAAUCAGCUGUCUGAUCUUUUGAAGAGUCCACACUGCAUUCUGGAACAUCUGAGGUGGAGGUCAUCUCUGUUCUGGGAGUGAUUAUCUUUCUCGCAGUGGGAGUAGAAAGUGUGAUGUCUGCUGAGAGGAUGAGUUGUGUCCUGAUGAUACAGAGAGAUUAAACCAGCAACAACUUGUGUGUAGAGGUGCUCUGACUGGGCCAUGUUACUGGGAGGUGGAGCUUCCUCUCCACCUCCCAGUGAUGUAAGGUGAACUCUGAGAACAGUUCUACUAUCAUGCUCAAUGUAGAGUACACCAUCAUCCCUGCCUGUCCCUCUAGAUUGAAACUGCUCUGUCCUUCUAUGGAGAAUCUCAGUACACACACACACACACCUACACACACACACACCUAGUUUACUUGUAUUUGACUUCAUCUUUUCAUUUCUUCACAUCUUCUAGCAGCUCCAGAGUGUAGGGAUUCAUGCAUUUUCAUUUACACGUCUGUUUUCUGAGGAGACACAAAUCCCUUUUUAUGAGGGACAACAUCAUAAAAGCAUAUAGCCACAAAAAUCACAGCAUAAAAAUCUGUUAAAUCAAACAUGUAGAUGGAUCACCUGCUGAGGUGAGCAUCUCACAGCUGCUUCUUUUUCAUUUGCAUAUUCUGAACCACAGCAACUCUGCAGAUUAUUUCUGUGUAUGACACUAAAACACUUGCAGUUAUGUAUGCCUCAGUUUGAACUGUUGUAAAGUCUGUGCUCAUCACCGUGUUGUUUUGAAUUUGAGUGCCACACAGUGGAAUAAUGGAGAACUGUGGCAUACCCAGGAGCGGUCACCAGCCUGUUGCAGGGCCAACACAACUUUUUACUUAACAGUAAAGAAAACUAGUCAUAAGAACAGCCUUCAGUAAAUGUUUUUAUAAUGAAUUCUUAAAUUUUAAAUGAAUGUUUUUUUUAAAUUAACAAUUAAAAAAGAUUUUAAAAAUUUUCUAAAAAAUUGCAAAACAUUUUUGUAAUUUUUUGUAAAAGUCACCAACAUUGCUCUAAAAUAUGUGAAUGUUUGUGGUUAUUCAUCUACAUUUUAAUGGCAACAUAUAAGGAAGUUUAUAUAUUUUUAAUUAUGAUGCAUGUGUAUGUGUGGGGUUGUAUUAUGGCGAUGUAGCCACCGGAUGUGAGCGUUGAGCAACUAAAUGUUAAAAACUUGGCUGUGUGAAACUUUUAUUUAAGAAAAAAAAAAUCAACUUUUUUUAUUGUGUUUUUUUUUUUAUUCAUUUAUUCAUUUGUCUGUAACUGUUUUGUCAAACUUUUUGUAGUCCUUUGUUUACUUCAUUGUUGCUUAGUAAAAUGUUGCAAAAUUGAUUAGCACUAAAUAAAUAAAUAAACUACACUUGACCUGUCCAAUUAAAAAUUGUGAAUAUAUUUUAAAUGCUGUAAAAAAUGUAGUUUAAGAAUAAUUCUGACAAAAAUAAGUUAUGCACAGUAAUGCUAUUGUAACUACUACUAUAACAAGAAUAAUAAUUUAUACGUUCAUAUUUUUAUCGUUGUGUGUAAACUAUGUCUGAGUUAAAAUUUGUAAUUUCUUGUUUUUACGUGACGGUGUUUUGCUG